GGUGGCGGUGUGGAGCGUCCCUCCUCUAAGCCAUUCCACAGAAGAAAAUCGCACUGUUAGCCUGUUAGCAGCUACGGCGGUUGCGUUCGUCCUGCCGUGCGCUACACAGUAAACAUGUUUCUGCAAACAGUGAGGCCGUGGUUGCUCCGGUGUCGGAGUUUACCCGUGGCCUGUUCCAGACCGUACUACGCCGAUAAGGUUGCUCGACUCGGCUCUGAGGCUGACAAACAGUCGUCUAUCUACCAGGAAAAUUAUGAACAAAUGCAAGUUCUUGUUGAUGAACUGAAGAGUCGAACAGAGAAGAUCAAACUGGGUGGAGGAGAAAAGGCCCGGAGACUUCACAUCUCACGAGGGAAACUCCUGCCAAGAGAGAGAAUAGACCGACUUCUGGACCCUGGGACACCUUUUUUGGAAUUCUCCCAGUUUGCAGCGUAUCAGUUGUACAAGAACGAGGAAGUCCCAGCAGGAGGAAUCAUCGCUGGGAUUGGGAGAGUUUCAGGGGUUGAAUGUGUUAUCGUUGCAAACGAUGCAACAGUCAAAGGGGGAGCGUAUUAUCCAAUGACGGUGAAGAAACACCUUCGUGCCCAGGAAAUAGCCCAGCAGAACCAUUUACCAUGUAUUUACUUGGUGGACUCUGGGGGCGCCAAUCUGCCCAGACAGGCAGAUGUCUUUCCAGACAGAGAUCAUUUUGGACGGAUCUUCUACAACCAGGCCAAGAUGUCUUCAGAGGGAAUCGCACAGAUAGCAGUGGUCAUGGGCUCCUGCACUGCUGGAGGAGCUUAUGUACCGGCCAUGGCAGAUGAGAGCAUCAUUGUUCGGAAACAAGGAACAAUUUUCCUCGGAGGACCUCCGCUGGUCAAAGCUGCCACUGGAGAGGUGGUUUCUGCCGAGGAUCUCGGUGGAGCUGAUCUCCAUUGCAAGAAGUCUGGUGUGACAGACCAUUACGCUUUAGAAGAUAAUCACGCUCUUCAUCUGGCCAGGAAGGCGGUCAGAAACCUCAACUACAGGAAGAACCUUGAAGUCACAACAGAGCCAGUUGAAGCCCCUCUCUUCCCCCCAGACGAACUCUACGGAAUAGUUGGAGCAAAUCUGAAACGUAACUUCGACAUCAAAGAGGUCAUCGCCAGAGUUGUGGACGGCAGCAGGUUCGACGAGUUCAAGGCGUUCUACGGUGACACGCUUGUUACAGGAUUUGCCAGAAUAUUUGGUUACCCUGUCGGAAUCAUUGGCAACAAUGGAGUCCUGUUUUCAGAAAGUGCCAAAAAGGGAACGCACUUCAUUGAAUUGUGCUGCCAGAGGAACAUUCCACUUAUUUUCCUACAGAACAUCACAGGAUUCAUGGUGGGCAGAGAGUACGAAGCAGGAGGCAUCGCCAAGGACGGAGCCAAGAUGGUGACCGCCGUGGCCUGUGCCAACGUUCCAAAGAUCACGGUCAUUAUCGGAGGAUCCUAUGGUGCAGGAAACUACGGCAUGUGUGGCCGAGCCUACAGCCCCCGGUUCCUGUACAUGUGGCCAAAUUCUCGAAUCUCUGUCAUGGGCGGUGAGCAGGCAGCCACGGUUUUAGCCACCAUCACCAAGGAUCAGAGGGCACGCGAGGGAAAGGAGUUCAGCGCCGAGCAGGAGGCUGCCAUGAAGGAACCAAUCAUACGGCGGUUUGAAGAGGAAGGCAGUCCAUACUACUCCAGUGCCAGACUGUGGGAUGAUGGAAUCAUCGAUCCAGCUGAUACUCGCCUGGUUUUGGGAUUGAGUCUCAGCGCAGCCUUGAACGCACCAACAAAGAAGACACAGUUCGGAGUAUUCCGGAUGUAACCUUAACACAGUAGCAGAUUUGUACUGUAUUAUUAGUAGUCUUUGUUUUUUGUUUAUUCCUGAUCGUGUUUAGUUAAAAAUGUUAUUGAGCAGAGUCAUCUCUAUCAGGAGAACCUCUGUGGUCCGUCUGUACGACGUCAGACGUUUCCGCGGUUGGUUUGUGCCUUAACUGUUACUACACCUGAGUACACGCAACAAGUAUUGAGGGUUUUCUCUUGUUUUUGUUUUUUGUUUGGGAUUAUGGUUAUUUUAAAUACUGUAAAUAAGAAAUAAAAAUGUGAAACAUGA